AUGGACGACGAUAUUCGAUCCAUGUCCUCCUGUGAUAUCCCGGAGGACAUGUACAUACGCAAGGUCGUGCCCUACCAGAGGACUAUCUACUUUCGAUAUGGAACUCGAAUCAUUGAAGCCACAGGAAGUGCUUCCGACAACUGCCAUCCAAAUGUUUUGCGCCUUCGGAUCCGCAAGACAUGUAUCGAGCGAAUCAUCCAGGCCAUUAUUUCAUUCCUUCCCCUUGCAUGGACGUGUUGGAUCCGGUCCAGAUAUCCUGAGUGGUGUCUGCCAGCGAAGAUCGUCCUCAAGAUCGAGAAAGAUGGCUGGGACGAAGAGUUUGAAAUGGAAAAGGCAGCAUACGAACAGCUUGAGCCCGUGCAAGGCAUUGUCAUCCCCCGAUUCUAUGGGCAAAUAGAAUACGACGGAAAACGAGCCUUGAUACUUUCCGACAUUGGGGGAUACUGCGUAGCAACACCAGAAGGUGCAGUGCUGGACGAAGAAGAUUUUCGUCCCUUGUUGGAGAACGCUCUGACCUCCAUCAGCAAGCUAGGUGUCUCCCAUGACGACAACAAGCUUGACAACUUCCAUCUCGUCACGGAGGACGGCAAGGACAGGAUCAUGAUAGUAGACUUGGAAAUGGUGGAUACGGGCCUGUCAGAGGGCGACUUUGCCUUUCUAGCCAAGGCGAGUGGAAAUUUUGUGAUGCGGCAGUAUCGACAGCAUUUGGAAUGCAUGGAGUAUGACAAGGUCCUUCUCCCCAAGCGGCCGCUGAAGGCAUAG